AUGAUUAUUUUUCUCUUAGUAUCAUUACUUUCACCCAUCGAAAUCGGUGGCAAACAUUUUAAUGGCGGAACAAUUCGAUGGAAACCAAUCGAUCCAUAUAACAACUCGAGUUCGGUACCAAUUGCUAUCACACAAUCAUAUUCUUGGACGUACCCAACAAUUACUUGUGCCAAUAAUGUACCUAUUUCGACAAGUGGUCGAAGCAGCGCCAACGCUAAUCUAACAUGUAUAACCGAUUGUUCGACUGAUGGUGGCUAUUCCACUCAUCCAGUGGAUAUUUUAACGGAUUGUGUCUCGGCAAGUUCAUCAUUAGGCAUAAUGUCAAGCCAGCGUUCGGUCAAUAUAACACUGGGGGCAGAUGCACAUUUCUAUCUAGCUUAUCAAGGAAGUGCAUGGGCACCGCUGGGCAGUCCUCCUAAAAGUGGUUCUUAUUGGUCGAUUUCCUGUUACAUUGAUCUUCGUAUGCGUGCAGACGGUUUAAUCAAUAGUCCACCAGAAGCGAACAUUAUUUCACCACAAUACGUUAUUGUAAAUACGACAACACAGAUACAGAUACCUGUAUCAGAUGUCAAUGCAGGCGAUGACUUGCGUUGUCGAUGGUCAGCGUACAUACCCGGAUAUCGAAGAAGAAGACAAGCGGAUCAAGGUGAGAACAGACGUAGUCAAUCAGAGGAUGAAGUACAUGAAAACAUGAGUGCAGAAAAAAGUGUCGCUCAAAUCAGAAAAAAAAGAGGGUUUAAGUGCAGUUGGUGUUCUAGCACAUGUAGCUACGGAUGUUGCUGCAAAAGUUCUGCCUGCGCAGGAACUCUUUGCAGUAAUUGGUAUUGCACUAUAAACCCUACUUGUCCCGACAUAACAACUACAACUGAAACUCCAGGAACAUUGCCGACAACAAUAUCUUACGCCAAUCGUCAAGCAAUUGACGAAUGCGGUGGUAUUUGUUAUCCAAGUAGUGUUCCAAACGGCACAACUUUAUCAUCAAACUGCACUCUCACAUUUACAGGACUCAUACCUAACACUUGGUACGCAAUCUCCCUUCAAGUGGAGGACUUCAUAAAUACAACAAGUACAACUCCGAUGAGUUCAGUACCAGUUCAAUUUUUAAUAUAUGUUAUGCCACUACCAGAAUGCCCAACUGUACCAAUUAUAUUACCUGCAUCAGAUUGUUAUGAGAUUAUAGCUGGUGUUCCAACUACUUUCAAUUUAUUUGUACUGAAUAAUUGUGAUCCUAAUGUGAUCGGUAUUGCUGAUGUUAUGAUGUCAAAAACUAUCACCGGUCUGCAAAUGACAAACAUGACAGUUUGGCCGACAAAUGAUUCACUCGUCUUUGUUGUAUUUACGUUUACGCCUCAGUUCAAUCAAAUUGGAUUGCAAACAUUUUGUAUAAUAGCCUAUACAGAGUGA